UGUCAGGGCGUGGAUUAAGGGUAGCCUGACAGAGUAUUUCAGGAAUUUCUUAAUGCAUCAAACCUCAGUUGCAGGGCUCUAGCUGAUGUCUUAUGACAACACAGUCAAGAUGGCACCGGAGAAAACACCUGUACGUGGUGAACAGCAGAAACAGGAGAACGUGUUUGUCCGUCUCUUUAACCUCCCUGUCGUCAUCUGCACCUGUGAAAUGGUGGAAAAGACUUACAGUGGUACUAAGCAGGUGCAUCCACUGGUCAGCUCCGUGUGUGAAGUGUACGAGCGCGGAGUGAGGACUGCUGGUAACUUGGCCGCGAGGGGUAUGCGGCCUGCCAUUGAUAAACUCGAGCCGCAACUCAUUGCUGCUAACAGCUUGGUCUGUCGCGGCCUGGACCAUCUGGAGGAGAGGAUCCCUGCUCUGCAGUAUUCCCCUGAGAAGCUCGCCACAGAGAUCUCGGAGGUGGUGUCAUCCACUAUGCAGACGGCAAAGGAUGGCGUCACCACUCCCAUAAUCACGGCGUCUGACGCGGUUGUCAGCCUGGCAUCCGGAAGCGUCGAGCUGACCCGCAGUGUCCUGAGUGACGGGGCAGAGUAUGUGCUGAACAGCAGGCCUGUCCGUCUGGCCGAGGAGGGGGCCGGCGGUGCCCUGGCCAUCGCUGAGCAGCUGGUCGACUACAUUCUGCCCCCCUCCGCCAACGAGACAGAGGGGGACGUGUCCAAGGAGCAGCAGUCGAGUGAUGUCAGCUCCCCUGGCCCCAAGCCCAGUCUAGGUCGACUCGGUGCCUUGGUCAACACCGCGUGCAGACGUGCCUACAGUCAGACGGCCACGCAGAUCCAACGCACGAGCAGUCAAGGCCAGGACCUGGUGGCACGCAUCCCUGGAGUGGUGUCUCUGGCCACCUAUGCAAAGCAGAACCUGGACGCUGUGAGUUCUACCGUUCUGGGCCUCCCUGGUGUCGUAGCUGGACUUUUCGAAGAACCACAGCAGAGCAGACAGGGACAGAACACAACUGGAGAACCACAGCAGAGUGGCAGCCGGGUGAAGGAGCUGUUGAGUGGCGCAGGACAGCAGCUUCAGAGCGCCUAUGUGUCAGUCAUCUCGGGGGUGAAGCAUGCCCCCAAGACCUCCGUGGGCCUUGCGAAGGAUGGUGCCGACUUGGUCCUUGGGUCCUUGAGCUCAGCCAAGGAGCGUCUCCUCGCCAACAUCUCUUAUUAUGGUCGGUUCUCCACCCAAGAGGACAAAGAGGCUUCUACAACUGGUACAAAUGAAAAACAAGGUGGCAGAAGCACACCCUGUGAUCCUUCUCAGCCAAGCCAGAAUGGAGCAGAUGGCCAGGGCUCAUCCGAACCCAUGGAGCCGGAGGUGUCGGAGGAGGCGAGGCUGCUUCAGAGGAGGGUUCUGCAGGACAUCCCUACCCAGCAGAGAGUGGUCCUCAGUGGGACACACCGGUCUCUCGCUCCCCCGAGCUACAAACACAGGAGCCAGGGGCAGACACACCUGACCAUGACAACACGCACCUCACGUGCUAUCAGGGAGUGAUGCCGUGUUGGUCAGCUUUCUUUAAGCUCAAUGCAGUUAGCAAAUACAGAUACAGUAACAGCUGCCGUUUUAGCAAAAGUACCGUAAUUUCCCAAUUAUUAGCCGCAGCUUACACAUUGAUUUAGCAAAAUGUCUUCAGCUAUGAGGUUAAUACACAGGAGCCAUUAAUAUGGUACUGAUGUGGUUUUAACUUGCUUAAAACACUGGCCUGCGGCUUAUACACCAUGCGGCUAAUACACAGGAAAUUACUGUAAGCUUUUAUGACAUGCAACAGCCAAACUGAUACUUCUAAGUAUUCAAUUGUUCCAAAGCAUCUCCCCGCUAAUCCAUAUGCACCACCUUGGCUGAGACAGCAGAUUGUCUAAAAGAGAUACUGCACAGAUCACAAUGGGAUUUUGGAUCUAUUUAGAUAUCUGGAUAUUAGAGUCUCGGUUUCUUUUACUCAGAAUCUGAGGCAAUAACAGAAGAAACAUUUUCCCCUCGAGCAAAUAAUGUCAAUUGGUGCAAAACAAAUAUUAAUCAUAUCAUUAACAUGUGAUAUUUGUUUUUAUAAAUAUCUAAAAAACUAAUAUUACAAAGCAAUAUACUGUAGAAUAGAGAUGUAGGGUUUCUUUUAUCUGAAAUGUUCACUUGGACCUGGUCAAUUCUCAGCUGAUGAGGUCUUGAAAAUAUAUGAAAUGUGGAUUUGGAACUGCUGUGAUAAGUUGUCACUUAAAGCAGCCCUUAACUUGACUAUUCCUCCCUACCAGGAGGUGUUUAAAGUCUGCUCCACGUACUGUAUGUUUUCCUUAACUCUCUACAUAUUCCAUAAAGGCUCGCUUGCUCUGUCAUUUCUAAUAUCGUCUUGCAGCCUCGACAACAAGAAAGUGCCACUAAUGUAGCCUAAGUAGGUCCAUUCAUGACUUGAGUCAAUAUAUGUGUGCACUUAGUACACACAUACAAUAACACCGAGCUCUCUUGUUAGCAAAGAAGAGCUUCAGCUGAGCUCACUGUUUGAAUGUACUGUAAGCUUCAGCCUGACCGCAAGGUUUCAAAUAGUUUACAAUAGUUUACAAAGUCCAAAAGCCAAAUUUCACAACUGUCCUGUAUAAAAACUUGUAUGAAGGCGUGUGAUGACUAAGACUGAGACAAUAAUGCCUAAGACCCAAUCAAAUCUAGAACGUCUUUGUGUUGUGAUUGUGAGAUUUUUAAGUUGUAAAAGAAAGUUGGUAUCUGUUCUGUUUUGAGGUUGACUUUAUGGGGGGGAUUGGGAUGUGCCACCAAACAUGUUUUUAUAUGAAAAUCAAUGUGUUUUUCUCUUCCUUGAGACUCUUGUAAUGGUAGAUUCAGUGAUUCAGAAGGAUCUGCAUGUUGUACUUUAUGGACAAGACCUCUGCAAAUGUCUAGGAUAUUUGUCAAUGCACUAUGCAGAUGUUGAUAUUGUAUGAGACUUAUUUGUUUAAUUUGCUUUCUCUGUAUUUGCUAGUGUUAAUAGGGACUCUAUCAUUUUUUCCCAAUAAAGCUAUUGCAUGAUG